CGGUGAUCCAAUGCUGUUGCCUUUAUACAGCACAUAUCAUUUGGAUAAGGGCGAAGAAACCUGUUUUCCAUCUCCAAGGUUUGAACAAUGGCUGCAGCAAAUCGUGUGCUUGGAAAAGGUUGUGCGCUCUUGGAGAAGGUCGCACGCCUAUAUGUUACUAGAUUUCUGAGACAGUAUAUCUCUACAGGAUGUUUAGUCUUAUUAGAAGAAAGAAUGGUGCAAACCUUUGAGGGAAGCAACAAAGGCUGUUCUUUGAAAUCUGUUAUUAAAGUUCAUAACCCCGUUCAAUUUUACUGGAAGGUAAUGACACGGGGAGAUUUAGGCCUUGCAGAUGCAUAUAUCAAUGGCGAUUUUUCUUUUGAUGAUAAAGACAAAGGUCUUGAGAAUCUCUUAAUGAUUCUCAUUGCCAACAGAGAUUCAAAUUGUUCCCUCUCAAAAAUGAAUAAGAAAAGAGGAAGGUGGAUGCCUUUGUUAAAGGAAGCUUGUUUAGCCCCAGCAAGAUAUCUCUUUCAUCACGUUUCAAGGCAAAACUCUCUUACAGAGGCUCGAAGGAACAUCUCUCACCAUUAUGAUCUGAGUAAUGAGUUUUUUUCGCUGUUCAUGGACGAAACAAUGAUGUAUUCCGCUGCUGUAUUUAAGAAAGAAGAUGAAGAGUUGAAGACUGCACAGCUAAGGAAAAUCAGUAUUCUCAUUGAAAAGGCUAGAAUUACUAAGAACCAUGAAGUCCUAGAGUUGGGCUGUGGUUGGGGAGGCUUCGCCAUUGAAGUCGUCAAGCAAACCGGUUGUAGAUACACUGGCAUAACUUUGUCGAAGGAACAAGUGCAAUUUUCUGAAAAGAAAGUGAAAGAUGCUGGCCUUCAGGUACCAAAAUUUAUAGCUUUCGGAUUUUACAUGAUUGUUUUUUUUUUUUUCGAGAAAAGAAAUAUAGUGAUUGAAACACUUAGAUGCAUACAUCAUCAAUAAGUACAAUAAGUACAUCGGAGAGCCAUUGUGGCCUUUCCUCUAUCCA